AUGGGCGCAACUGAACAGAAACCCAACUGGUCCGAGCUGGUCUUUCUCUGGCAGCCAUGGAACAGCUGCUUGAAUCUGGCGACUUGGGCCGCGUCCUUGUGCUUGGCCAUGACAUUGACAGGGUCGGCAGCCACCGUGUUGGCCUUUUACCUCGUCUUUAUCGUCAUUUACGAUAUCCUCUACUACGGAUACAAAUUCUCCAUUAUCGACGAGAAUGGAACGCUCCGUCAAGGAUACAAUUUGUCCUAUCUCAUUGACGAUGCGGGCAGUGCCCUUGGUGGAGGACUGGAUUAUGGAUUCAACUACUACAAUGGCAAUUUCAAAAAGGACCGCAUCCAAGCCCAACAAGACAAGUUUGACUUUUGUUAUCAACAACUUGGGCUCCAAGCUGGCAUGACUGUCAUUGAUUGUGGCUGUGGCUGUGGUGACUGGCUCAAUUAUCUGCGCACCCGUGGUGUGACGGGCAUUGGAAUCAAUAUCACACCUGCUCAAGUCAAAGUCUGUCGGGAGCGGGGACUCACAGUGCUGCUGACGGAUUGGAAGUUAAUUGGAGGAAAUGCCGAGUUUGAGAAACAGUUGUAUGGAAAGGCAGAUGCCGUCACUUGUUGGGAUACUAUUGAACACUAUGUUCCCUCCAAAUGCAGAACCAGUGUGGCACAACAGGAUGCAAUCUACACCCAACUCUUUCAACUCAUCCAAAAGUUUCUUUCUCCCGACAGCAAGGUGGGCCGCACUUGGACGUCCUGUUUGCACUACGGAUCCAUCGGCAAGUCCCAUUGGAUGACGCGCAGCUACAAUGACUACUUGUUGGACAAGUUCCAUUCCGGAUGUUACCCCGACUAUUCCACACGACAAUUGACCCAGAAUGCCAAACGAGCCAAGUUUACCCAAAUCAUGGAAAAGAAUCUGACCGAGGACUAUUACAUGACUUCCGUCUUGUGUCCAAAUCAUUUCGGACGACACAAGCACACCUUGACUUUUUAUCGUGCUGUGGCGCUUUCUCUAGUGGUGCUUUUGGAUCCCAACUGGCUGCAGCGUUUCUUGUGGAUGAAUCAGGAAGCUUGGAUGGAUCAGUUUGAUGCCAAAAAAUUGGAAGAUUCCCCCAUGCAGCUCUUGUGGAUUAUGUGGGAGCGUAACUAG